AUGCGGCCAGAGGAAUUUAGUGAUGGAGAAUUUAUUGUACUAAGUAAGGAGCAUGGUUUUGAUAAAAAUGAUGAAAAUGUCCCAAAGGAAGUGACACGGGCACAAAAUUUCAUAUUACAGGAACUCUUGAAGAUGUCUCAUAUUGAAAGUGCAAAGGUUAACACAUUGGAAACUUAUCUAAAAUUAGAAAGGAAUGUGACAAUUCAUCAAGGCAUAGAAAAGAUUCUCACUCUGUAUUCACAGGUAUUGUCAGUCUGUGUGUUAACAAUAAUCCUUGGUUGUAUAUUUGGGUUGAAACCAAGCUGUGCCAAAGAAGUUAAAAGUUGCAAAGGUCGCUGUUUUGAAAGAACGUUUGGAAACUGUCGCUGUGAUGUUGCUUGCGUUGAGCUUGGAAACUGCUGUCUAGAUUACCAGGAGACAUGUAUAGAACCAGAACACAUAUGGACUUGCAGCAAAUUCAGGUGUGGUGAGAAAAGGUUGUCCAGAAGCCUCUGCUCCUGUACAGAUGACUGCAGGGACAAGGGCGACUGCUGCAUCAACUACAGCCCUGUCUGUCGAGGUGAGAAAAGUUGGGUAGAAGAAACGUGUGAGAGCAUUAAUGAGCCACAGUGUCCAGCAGGGUUUGAAACGCCUCCUACCCUCUUAUUUUCUUUGGAUGGUUUCAGGGCAGAAUAUUUACAUACCUGGGGUGGACUUCUUCCUGUUAUUAGCAAACUAAAAAACUGUGGAACGUAUACUAAAAACAUGAGACCAGUGUAUCCAACAAAAACUUUCCCUAAUCACUACAGCAUUGUCACAGGUCUUUAUCCAGAAUCCCAUGGCAUAAUUGAUAAUAAAAUGUAUGAUCCCAAAAUGAAUGCUUCCUUUACACUUAAGAGUAAAGAGAAAUUUAAUCCUGAGUGGUACAAAGGAGAACCAAUUUGGCUCACAGCUAAAUAUCAAGGCCUGAAGGCUGGCACAUAUUUUUGGCCAGGAUCAGAUGUGGAAAUUAAUGGAAUUCUCCCAGACAUCUAUAAAAUAUAUAAUGGUUCAGUACCAUUUGAAGAAAGAAUUUUAGCUGUUCUUAAAUGGCUACAGCUUCCUACAAAGGAAAGACCACACUUUUACACUCUGUAUUUAGAAGAACCAGAUUCUUCAGGUCAUUCAUAUGGACCAGUCAGCAGUGAAGUCAUCAGAGCAUUGCAGAGGGUUGACAACAUGGUUGGCAUGCUGAUGGAUGGUCUAAAAGAGCUAGACUUGCAUCGAUGUCUGAACCUCAUCCUCAUUUCAGAUCAUGGCAUGGAACAAGGCAGUUGUAAGAAAUAUGUAUAUCUGAAUAAAUAUCUGGGAGAUGUUAAAAAUAUCAAAGUUAUAUAUGGACCUGCAGCUCGAUUGAGACCCUCUGAUGUCCCAGAUAAAUACUAUUCAUUUAAUUAUGAGGGCAUUGCCAGAAAUCUUUCUUGCCGGGAGCCAAACCAGCACUUCAAACCGUACCUGAAACAAUUCUUACCCAAGCGUUUGCACUUUGCCAAAAGUGACAGGAUUGAGCCCUUAACAUUCUAUUUGGACCCUCAGUGGCAACUUGCAUUGAAUCCUUCAGAAAGGAAAUAUUGUGGAAGUGGAUUUCAUGGCUCUGACAACAUAUUUUCAAGCAUGCAAGCUCUCUUUAUUGGCUAUGGACCUGCAUUCAAGCAUGGCAUCGAAGUUGAAUCCUUUGAAAAUAUUGAAGUUUAUAACUUAAUGUGUGAUUUACUGAAUUUGACACCUGCUCUUAAUAAUGGAACUCAUGGAAGUCUUAACCACCUUCUAAAGAAUCCCAUUUAUACCCCAAAGCAUCCCAAAGAAGUCCACCCCCUAGUCCAGUGCCCCUUCACAAGAACCCCUAGAGGUAACCUUGGCUGCUCAUGCGAUCCCUCGAUUUUUCCAGUCAUGGAUUUUCAGACACAGUUGAAUCUGACCAUGGCAGAAGAGAAGGUUAUAAGACGUGGCACUCUACCCUAUGGAAGACCCAGAGUUCUCCAGAACAGCACUGUCUGUCUUCUCUACCAGCACCGGUUUGUGAGUGGCUACAGUCAUGACAUCCAAAUGCCCCUUUGGGCAUCCUACACCGUGGACAGAAAUGACAAUUUCUCUGCAGGAGACUUUUCCAACUGCCUUUACCAGGAUCUUCGAAUUUCUCUUAGUCCUGUCCAUAAAUGUUCAUUUUAUAAAAAUAAUUCUAAACUGAGUUAUGGGUUCCUCUCCCCACCACAACUUUUAAAUAAAGGUUCAAGUAAAAUAUAUUCUGAAGCAUUGCUUACUACUAAUAUAGUGCCAAUGUACCAGAGUUUUCAAGUUAUAUGGCGAUACUUUCAUGGUACCCUACUGCAAAGGUAUGCUGUAGAAAGAAAUGGAGUCAAUGUUGUCAGCGGUCCCGUAUUCGACUCUGAUUAUGAUGGACGUUACGAUUCCUCGGAGACUCUGAAGCAAAACAGCAGACUGAUCCGUAAUCAAGAAAUUCUGAUUCCAACUCACUUCUUCAUUGUACUAACAAGUUGUAAAAAUACAUCACAGACUCCCUUACAGUGUGAAAAUUUAGAUACCUUAGCUUUCAUUUUGCCUCACAGGACUGAUAACAGUGAGAGUUGUGUGCAUGGGAAGCAUGAAUCCUCAUGGGUUGAAGAGUUGUUGAAGUUGCACAGAGCUCGGAUCACGGAUGUUGAACAUAUCACUGGACUCAGCUUCUAUCAAGAAAGAAAAGAGCCAAUUUCAGACAUUUUAAAAUUGAAAACACACUUGCCAACCUUUAACCAAGAAGACUGAUAAUUUUUUUAUUCCAAAACACACUAUAAAUCUUUUUGAAAGAACCUUCUAUUUUAUACAGUCCUCUUAUUCAUACUAUUGCAUUGUUUGGAAAGUGUCGCCCAGAGUUAGAACUGGGGAUCCUCUGUGACAUGUGACCAUCUCAGGGAAACUGGUGGCCUCAGCAGAGCAAUAGGAAAGUGUUCCUGUUGAAUAUCGCACAUUGUUCAAAUGUGUAAGAAUUGUUCAAAUUCAGGAAUAAAGACAGACCAAACCUAAAACUGCUCUUCUACUUCUCUUAAGGGCAGAAAUAACCUGUGGACACCAGAUAUUUGAACCUUAUUAUCAUCGAUAAACUUUUAUGGAGCCGGCAAACACUAGACUAAUGAAUAGGAUUGGAAUAAUCCAUGUUACACUAGUUUCUUCACAAGAAUUUAAAAGUAAUUCUUGAUUUUUUUAGAAGCGAUUUUUGAAUUUCAUGUAUAUUAGUUUUAAUUUUAAAAAAAGUUAAUAGAAACAAAAUGUUUCUGAAGUCUUCAAAAGCCAAAAUAUGUAAUCUUGUAUUAUUAUUUUCUCGUGAUGGCUUUUUUAGAUUCAAUGACUCUAACAAGUUAAACUUUGAGGGAAGAUCUAUGAAUUGAGUACAUUGACCUGUUGUAAAAUUUUAUUCUAUAUUUGUACCAAAAAAAAAAAAAAAUCCCAUUCUGCUCACUGGUAAUUAACAUGGGUUGAAAAUAGCUCUAAAAGUGUUUCUUUUACACUGUUAAAAAUGUCUGUCUUGGUGAAUCUUUAGAGAACUUGUCAACACAUGCAAGGUGGCAUUUUUCCUCCUCUGUGCACAAAAAUGACCCCACCAUCAGCAGAGCUAUAUUGUACUGAGCUGUUCAUUUUGAAGUUCCACAGAUUUGAAGAGAACGUGUUACCAUCACUUCAUAUCUUUUGGUGGUCAUGAUAAAUGAACUUGAUUUCUCCACUGCAUAGACUAUAUCCUUUAGUGCUGACAUGUGAACCUUCAAAGGCUACAUUCACUUUCAGGCUACCUGGGUCUAACUUAGGUGUCCAAUUAGUACACUGAAGAUUUAUUUGUAUUUGUCCUUCAUAUAAUACUCAUUCUUAAACAGCCUCAAGGCCAUAAAGGCACCUAAAUAUUGUUUAAUAAUUUAGAAAGUUUCAUUGGUUUCUGUUUUAGUUCCUCAGAUCUCUGGAACUCUGUACAUUAUUUUUAUCUAAAAAAAAUUUUUUUAAAAUUAUCUCUCUGUUCAAAUUGAGUAAUUUCUAUUGUUCUAUCUUUAAGUUCACUCUUUCUGUAUCUAAUCUAUUCUGCUGUUGAGCCCAUACAUUGUGUGUGUUUGUAUACACACACACACACACACACACAUAUUUCAGUUAUUGCCUUUUUUAUUUGCUGAGAAUUUUUAUCUCUGCUGAGACCUUCUAUUUUUUCAUUUGUUUCAAGAAUGUUUGUAAUUGCUUAUCGAAACAUUUGUUAUGAUGGCUGCUAUAAAAUCCAUGUCCUCCAUUGAUACUUGGGGUGAGAGGGAACCCUUGUUACUGGACAUGGUGGGAGUUCAGCUCCACUCUUGGCUUCCAUUGAUGCCUACCCGGCUGGGAUGUACAAGGUGUGCUGGUACUGCCCCAACGUGGUCUCCACUGACGCUGUGGACAGGGGUGGCAUGGAGAGCUUUGUUGUCACCAGGUAGGAACAAAAUUACCAGUUCCCUACUCAGCCUUCUCUAAUAUCACCCUGGUAAGGCACUUGGGGCACCUCUUUAUAGCCUGGCAAGGGUAGAAUUCUAGGUUCCCCACUCCGCCUUUGCUGGUAUGGGUGGGGUCAUGGUCUUUUCUCUGGCGUUUGGCUGGAGUGGAGAAGUUAUUGUUUUCUCUCUUGCUAGGCUACUCUUCUGUUUCUCUGGCUAGAGAGAGCACAGGCCUUGUUCAGGGCUUCUUUUUGUCUGUAUUCAGCAUUUCCAGAUUGCUGACUUCUUCAGCUGCAAGUCUGGGAUAUAUGAGUUAACAAAAAAAACCUCAAGAAUUCAUUACAGUGUUGUUUCUUAGGUCCUAAGGUCCCUAGCCUGUCUGUCUUCUCCUCUCCACUUUUCAGAAAUUUCCUGGUUUUUUUAUAUGUAAUAACCAAGCAUUUUAUCUGCACUUAGCAGAAGGAUAUCUACUUCUUUGUAGAAGUGUCUCAUUGAUUUUUAUAUAUUCUUCAAUACACAUGCAGACACAUGAUUGCCUCUAUAUAAAGCGUCUUAGCAGAUCUUAAUUAAAUGGGUAGAUGCCUUUUUCCUUUGCCAGACACCAGGAAUACUCAGAAAAACAGGUUAUAAUCUUUAUAGUCUUAGAGAGACGAAGGAGGUCACAGAAGUGUAAAUGAUCCUUAAAAGGUGGUAAAUGGAGGCCUGUGAGGUGCCAGCGAGCACAAAGAGGCACUAGGUGCUGCUUGGCAGUGUCAGCAGCUUCCCAGAGGUAGUGACAUUGGAGCUGGGACUUGAAGGAUAAACUGGAGCAUUUUAGGUGAAGAGGUGAGGAAAGGACAUUCUAGUCUUUCAUGGAUGGAUACGUUUUUGCCAUUUUCCUUUUUACUGUUACUCCUGAUAUUUUCUUCAAGCGUCACUGUGACUAACUUAUAAUAUGCAUAACUAUUUCCUGGUUUUUUUUGUUUUAUUAUAAUAAUCUCUCAUUAGUAAAGGAAAUGUCAGACUAUGAAUUCUGUGCUGACUUUUUAAAGGAAGUGGCAUCCAUAUCUGUUCCUACUUAGCCUUUUUUUCCCAGUCGCUCUUAUAUACUAUUUCUUUUUUUAUUGUCUUGAAAGAGACCCUUCCUUUCUCUAUGUCAUCAAUUUAAAACAUGUGACUAGUCCCCACUUUCCCAAUUUGAAUGGUAAAUUCACAUGACCAUAUAUGGAAAUUCUUUCUCCUACUUUCUUUAAUAAAGAUUAUUCCUUACUUCUCAAA